CUCGUAUUGUAUAUAUGUACAGGUACGGUACAGUACAUGUACAGUACAUUACAUCCACGGAUGCUGCUUGCGUACGAAAUCGGUACGGUACUGUCAUAUAUCUUGUAUCAAUAAUACGUCUAACCCUCGGCAAAUGCUGUAAUAUAUUACGCGGACCAGGCGUAUUGAGCAUAUUAUUCGUAUUACCAGCACGUCUGUUUUUGGCCCAAGCUCAAAACAUUUUCUCUCGUCACCGUCGUCGUUCGUUUCUCGUCGUCUCUUCUUCUUCUAUCUUCAACCUCACCAUCCCCAUCUCCAUCCAUCUCUCCUCCUAUCUCAUCACCAUCUAGAUAUCCCUUCAUCUCCAUCACCUCUUUUUACUGUUUCUCUUUAAGCUGGUGCUUUUUCCAUCCGCUUUGUUUGGUAUUCUUUUAUCUUUGUCGUUGCUAGGCUUUCUGCUUCCACUGUUUCCCCUUGCUGCUGUUGUUCAACUAUCCCUUUUCACCAUGUCUCGUGGCGGCACUACUCUCUAUGUCACUGGUUUCGGCCACGGCACUCGAGCUCGAGAACUAGCCUACGAAUUCGAACGAUAUGGUCGGCUUGUUCGCUGCGAUAUCCCAGCUCCCCGUACCGCUUCUAGUCGCCUUUUUGCGUUUGUUGAGUACGAGAGCCGUCGCGAUGCCGACGACGCCUAUCAUGAAAUGCACAACAAACGUAUCGGUAGGGACGACCUUCUAAAAAUCGAGUGGGCACGUACUCCUCCAUCUGCGUCCUGGCGCUUUGAUUCCGGCCGUGACCGCCGCCGAGACCGUACUCCCCCUCGCCGUCCCCGCUCUCCAUCUCCCCGACGAGCUCGCGGAGAGUUCUCUCCCCGCAAAGAUGACCGUCGCGACCGCGAUUACGAGAGACGUGACCGCGACCGCUCGCGGAGUCCUGAUGACCGGGACCGUGAGCGGGACCGGGAUCGCGACAUGAAGGAUGAUCGCGAUAGGCGUGACGACGAUCGCGAGAAUGGAACGAAUAGUGAUGACAGGAAAGUACCCCUGGAUUCUCCAACCCCUGCUCAUGAUGAGCUGGAUACUGCUGAGUGAAUCCGAGUUUUGCAUCCCCUGAUCAAGUAACAUUUUCGCCCACCAUUUUUUUGAAAAGUACAAAUGAUGGCGGUAAUUUGCUCUGCAGUGAACCCCCCUUUUCGUCCUCGGCACUGGGAGCUAUUUGCCUGGAAACCACACUUUAAUAGGUAGCCCAUUUGAAAGUCGCAGACUGUUUCGACAAUCGGUAUUUCCUCACAAUAUAUCCAGAUAAUACACCCCUUGCAACCCCCUCUCUAUCAUUCCUCGGUUUUGUUUUUUAAAAAAGAAUGUUUUGCCCAUUUGCUUGGCUUCUGUUUUUGUUUUCUGUUUCCUGUUUACUUUGUCACUCGAAGUGUGCUUGCUAUGAGAGGGUAAUGCCGAUUUCUAUUAACAGGGGUUCAUUGUUCUGGUGAAAUCAACGAAAGCUACCAUUGUGCUCUCUCAAAAGCCUGCCCCACUUGUGGGAAGUUCAGCACUUUGUUUUCGUAAAUUUCUCCUGGGCAGCUUGCUGGUUUGGAAACGCCCACCAGUGAGUUGCUUGCCACUAUUGACUUUCUAGUUCACAGAUAGCUCCAUAAUUUGAAAAGUACGUUUUGUUUCUUCAUGGUUGAAAUAAUAUUUUAAAUUCUCUGUUUCCAAGCUCAUCAAUGUCUACCUAGAGAGGAGCCUAAUAAGGCCACCUUCAUAUUGCCAAAACAAACAACGUAGCUUUCUCCACCCAAUUUGCCUUCCUCUUCAUACAAAACGAAUCAUGUUAGAGCAUAAUUUCUUACUUUUGGACAGUAAUAUUGGUAUCUAAGCUUGAAGAGAGCUUAUGAGCUGGUAGGUUACCUACGGUAGUUGUCACGAUGGGUCCCGAACCAAUUAACCAAUCAAUGAGCCAGGAAUGAGGAGACACGUUAAGGAAAGGAAGGGGUGAAGAUAAAAACAAAAAAAAAAAAAAAAAAAAAAAAAAAAAAAAAAAGGAGAAAAGACUUGAUGUUGGGGAAAGUUAAAAGGAGGGGGUGUGUUCUCGCAGGAGAGCAAGUAUCUAGCCGGCCAUACAUAUGGGUCCAUAACAGCCUCCCGGGACAUUUUCGUUCAUGUUGCAAUCUCUUUCCUACAUUUUCUCGUACGUAGCCAUCAAAGAGCCUGGGAAACGAAAGAAUAUUAGCAAUUAAACCUGACAUCAUAUACUGGAGAGGAGACAACUUAUACAACAAGGGUAAAUUAAGGGGGAGAUAUGUCAACAUACCAAUAAAAGUGGUAACCAGUCGGGAGCGAACUUGGCAAAUAUCUUCGGGAACAAGCCAGAUGGUCGCGCCCAUCUUUCGUGCAAUACUGAUACUCAAUUUCGCGUUUGCGUACGCAUCUUCAUCUGUACGUCCAGGGGUAACCAGGUCGUAGUCUACAUAGUUGCUCUUCAUUCCGUUGAGGACAUCAAGCAAGAAAAUACCAGUUCCUAUUGCUUGGUCCUUGAAACUACGGAUGGUCGAACCCUUGCCCCCAGCGCGUGACAUGUCAUUUGCCCAUUUGAUCAUCUCACUGUCGGUGAUCUCACGCUUACCCAU